GACUCUUUUAGCUAGAUGAUUCGCAUGAGAUGACUUGUGCAUGACUUUGGAUCUAACGAGUAGACCACUACUUGGCACCAGAGAAAAGGUUGUAAAUCUUUUAUUUUUACUUGUAUAUUUAAUUUACUUGUGUAAAUAAUAAAUACGUUACUAAACAUCUUAUUUUCGUGUAAUGCUUUUCAACACUUGAUUCGAAAUGCUUAAAAAUAACUGCUAAUCUAACAAAAAAGCAUUGCUUAAUGAUAUCCAAAAUUUUGAAAGCAAUGCAAAGUUUAAAACAAUCAUUUUUUAAAUUUCAAAAUUCAGCACAAAUUGCUUCACCAAAACUUAUAUUUCAGAAUUAUUUUUAACCCUUCAAAAAUUUCUAGAUUCUUAACCCCUUGGAUGCUAUCUGCAAUGUAAAGAGAAAUGACGCGGUUUGCGUCAGUAACUUGAAGUCAGCGAAGCCAGUAGACCAAGCGUUGCUGCAAGAGAGACCAGAUGUCAAGAUCUUCUUACCCUUCAGGUUCCACUUCUACAAGCCUAAGGACUUGUUCAAGGAAAAUACUUAUAGGAAUUACUUAGUGGCUCCCGGCGGCGACCACGUGCUAAGUCUGGUGGACGAGAUCUCGUACAGAGCUCCUCCUGCACCCCCCCUCUCGCAAAUGCACGAGCUGUCCCCCGAUCUCUUCUGUAAUGGAGACAAUAGGCCUGCUAACUGUGCUGUGGAUUGCCGAUGCACGCAUAUGAUCGAUGUACCUUUGAACUCGAUUGUGGAAAUCGUGUUAGUUGAUGAAGUGCAAUCGCCGAACCUGUCACAUCCAUUCCACCUCCACGGUACUCCGUACAACGUGAUCGGUAUCGGCCGGUCACCAGACAAGAACAUUAAGAAGAUCAACUUGAAACACGCCCUAGAUCUGGACAGAAAGGGUCUGUUGCAUCGGCAGUACAACCUUCCACCCUUCAAGGAUACUCUAGCCGUGCCUAAUAAUGGAUACGUCGUUUUGAGGCUAAAGGCUGAUAAUCCAGGAUACUGGCUAUUCCACUGUCAUUUCAUCUAUCACAUAGUCAUAGGAAUGAACUUGAUUCUUCACAUCGGCACCCAGGGCGACCUGCCCCCCGUGCCUCCGAACUUCCCUCGAUGCGGCGACCACCUUCCCACGAUCACUCCGCCAUUCUUCCCGAUACACUGACACUAUCGAGAAACAAUCCUAAUCGAUAUUCGUUAUCGAUUUGUGAAACUAAACCGGAGUGAAAAGCAUCGCGUACUGCCAUAUUUUGUUCUGUUUUUGAAAUAUGAACAACGUGCGAAUGGGAUAAAAGUUAUUUGUUAAUGUUGUCUUGUAAAUAAUGUUAAAUAACCAUCAAAUGUAUCGCGUUAGAGACCAAAGUAUUUAAUCAGAUCAGUUAAAUAAUUUAUAGUUGUAAGAAUUUGACAAGCCGUGUGAUGCAAGAGCGACUAGGCUCGCUAGUAAAUCUAAUUCUUUUGAUAUAGUUAAAUGUUAUUGUUACUCGUUUUAUAAUUUUGUACAUAAAGUUAGAUAAGAAUAUGUUAAGCUUUAUAUUAGAGUUGAUGAAGGUAAAUGUAAUGUUAUUCCUAAAUAAAUUAAAACGUAAAGGGGUUAAGUGCAAAUAUGUAAUUACCAACUCGCGAUAUUUAGAAUGAUACUCAUAUAGAAGUGCCCUGACACGACUGCACAAUCUUUUAUCUGGAGUACUACCAUCCACUUCGUAAAAUUUGUUUUUUUCAAUCAUGUGUCGGGGUUUGUUAGAUCCUUUUUUGUUAUAAAAGUAUAUUAAAUGAUUUUACCUCAAGUUUGUGUAACAUCUUGAUGAACUUGAGACCGUAAUUCGCGUUACGGUAUUGGAUGUAUCUCUGCCACAGUUGCAAUGUUGUCAUAAGUUUGUAUUGUCAUUCAUAGUGUUUUAGUUCAUAAACAAUCCAUGUUCACUCUUUGAGAUGGAUGCAAGGAGCUCGUGUUAUAAUCUUUCGGUUAAGAUACAUUUCUACGAAAAAGCCGCCUUACCUGGAAUAUUUUUAUUAUCUUUAAUUUUAUUUUGCAUUCUUUUUCAUUCAUAUUCUUACUUACAUAUUUUACGUACCUUCAUAAUUUACGCAGCAAUUAUUAAUUCCAUAGCACCGUAAACAUCUCUUUUACUAUUAUUUUAUUUAUUGUUUCUUUUAAUUCCUAUAAUUUUAUUUUUGACAGAUUUCAAAUUCUUUUGUUUUUCACUUAUUUCUUUUUUCAAACUACUCAGAAGGCGAACACUAAAACCUCUUUAGAUUUUCAUUCAAACUUCUUUCGAAUAUAAUCAAUUUUAUUUCUUUUUACCCUUACCUUUUUACCAUCAUUUUUUUUUUAUUUUAGGAUAUUUAUAUAAUUCUUACUUUUUCUUAAUUGGUUUAUUUCAUAGAACAUGUUUAUUUUAAUUGAAAGAUUAUUUCUAAGCUACUAACAAUAAGGCACAGGGUAAUAUUUUGUUUAAAAUAUACACCUGUGUUCGGCUUGUAACAUGGAAAGACUCCACUCUUUUCCAUCAUUCGUUUCUGUUAAAUUAUUGUCAUUAAACUCUUCUUACACAAUGUCGUAUGUUUAGGAAACAGUCAUUUUAUAUUGAGAAUAAAUGUUUUGUAAAAACUUA